UGGAGGUGACGUCACGCGUCCCCUCUGGCUGUGGCGCUGUUCGCAGUGAGAGAGAGGUUCGGCUGAUUCCAAGGUUCCCGCCAAAUUGGUGCUUGCGUGACAGUCGGCGCUCUGAGAGAACUGGAAGGAGAGCAAGGAGAACCAGAGAAGCAUUUAUAGUGUGUUUAAAUGAAAGAUGGCUCUGCAUAGCCUGCACGGGCCGAUCCGAAUCCACUGUCUCAAAGUCGGAACAUCAAAAUGGAAGGAGGGCUGUUGUGAAGUUAUCGAGAAGGAUAACAAAUAUUGCUUGGUUGUGAAUUAUAAUGCAGGUGGCAUGCCAACAAGGUUUCAGCUAAAUCAGAAUAUCAAAACUAUUGUUGUGAAACCCAAUGGGGGUACACAGAGCCGGUUUAUGCUGACACUGAAGGAUGCAAGUUCCCUUACCAUAGAUAAGGUUCCGCUGAAAGACGCAGAGAAUUUAAAACACUUUUUGGAAAGUCUUGAUAAAGCAACUAUCGUAAAAUCUAAUCAAGGAUCAGGGAGCUUUAGUGGCGUUUUGGGAAACAGAAGCACCCAAAUAGAAGCAAACAGACCACUGCUUAACAAGACACAGACUCCAUCAAAGAGGGUCAGCUUUGACGGUAAGGAUGAGACUCCUGUUAAGAAGCUAUUGAGCAACACUGGGAGAGCGCCUGUAAAAUCAUCCCCAGGGAACACUGUGUCUUCAGGUAGAAGUGGUAUAAACGUUACCCCAUCUCCACCACAAAGGACCAGCAUGAUGGAAAGCAGGAGUGAAAAAAGAAAACGAAUACAGACUCCAAGCCCAGAAAUAGUGGAAGAUUACCCCAAAGAGAAUGAUUCAUCGACCACAAACAAAGCGUUGUCGGAUACUGGACGCAGAUUUUUAAAUAGCAGCCGUGAGAAACAGUUAAGCCUAAAACAGACAGAGGAAAACAGGCAAGGAUUAAUGCCAUUGCAGUCAUCAUCUUUUUAUAGUAGCAGACUGACUCCAAAAGAAUUUACCACAUCAAAUACAUACCCAGACAGGUCAUCUGCAUCCAGUCAGCCCCCACCUGCCAAAAGAAGCUUGGUCCUACCGUCACAGCCCAGUCCUCUGUCUGUCAAAAAACUGAAACCCAAUCAAGACUACCCCGGCUGGAACAAACAAAGGGUACUUUCAACUCAUCCUCAGCCACAGCAGUUGCAAGGUUUUUCCAAUCUGGGAAAUACCUGCUAUAUGAAUGCCAUUUUGCAGUCCCUCUUUUCCCUGCAACCGUUUGCCCAUGAUUUGCUGAAGCAGGGAAUUCCCUAUAGGAAAAUUCCAACAAAUGCAUUAAUCAGACGCUUUGCUCAUCUACUAGCAAAAAAAGACAUCUGCAGCCCUGAGGUAAAGAAAGAUCUUCUGAAGAAAGUAAAGAGUGCCAUAUCUGCAACAGCAGAGAGGUUCUCCGGGUAUAUGCAGAAUGAUGCCCAUGAAUUUCUGAGCCAGUGCCUUGAUCAGUUGAAGGAGGACAUGGGGAAGCUGAACAAAACAUGGAAGACCGAACUGUCCUCUGGAGAUGAUGUUCCUGGUGUAAAAGCAAACGAUGAUCUGUCCACUCGUAUAUAUACCUGUCCUGUUACCUGCAAUUUUGAAUUUGAAGUGCAGCAUUCAAUCAUCUGUAAAAUUUGCGGUGAAACUGUUAACAAGCGGGAACAAUUUAAUGAUCUCUCAAUUGACCUUCCGAGAAGAAAGAAACCAUCGCCUUCCCGGUCAAUCCAAGAUUCUUUAGACCUCUUUUUCAGGUUAGAAGACCUUGAAUACGCGUGUGAGAAAUGUAGUGGGAAGUCAGCAACAGUAAUGCACAAAUUUAGCAGGCUACCAAGGAUUCUUAUACUGCACCUGAAACGAUACAGUUUCAAUGUGAUUCUAUCUCUUAAUAACAAAGUGGGUCAGCAAGUUGUCAUCCCUCGCUAUCUUACCUUGUCGUCGCACUGUACAGAAAGCACACGGACCCCCUUGUCCCUUGGCUGGAAUGCACAAACUGCAUUGAAUGCACGGCCGUUAAAAUUGUCACAGAUGGUAAAUUCUUGCACAAUGAGCACUUCAACACCUCUUAGAAAGCAGAUGUUUAAAGCUGCAAACAGUUUGCCUGUAUGUCUGGAUUCCGAAAGUGACGACGAGCAAAUCAAGCGAUGCGUCUCACAUAGUCAAAGGAUUUGUGACAUGGAGUUGAAAGAACAGCAGUGUGAAGACAAAGAUAAGAAGGAGGCCAGUAAAUGCUUAGAGACAGGAGAUGCAUGCUUUGAUGAAAUGAAUGACGACGAGUUAGUGGCAGCGGUGUUGGAAAUGAGCAAGAAGGAAACGUCCUUGUCUGAAAGCCACGAUGAUGAAGAUAAGCUCUCCAGUAGCCCAGACACAGGCUUCGGAGGAGAUGACGAUGUACAGGAAAUUGCUGAAAACCAUGAGCCUAUGGAAGAGGAAAGAGUAAAAACUGCAAAAGAAAUGGGUGUGCUUCAGUAUAGUGACAUGGCAAAGGAUUUUGAUGAGAAUAAAGAAAACAAGACCCCAGAAGCUUCCCAGAAUGAUGUGGACUGGCUUCAGUACGACCUGGAGAGGGAGCGUGAGGAGCAAGAGUUGCAACAGGCACUGGCACAGUCACUUCAGGAGCAGGAAGCUCGAGAAAUGAAGGAAGAUGAUGACCUCAAGAGGGCUACAGAGCUGAGCUUGCAAGAGUUCAACAAUACCUUAAUGGAUGGAAUGGUUUCUGAUGAAGAUUCUGGGAAUGAAGAGGUUCUUGAUAUGGAAUAUUCAGAGGCAGAGACUGAGGAGUUAAAGAAAAAUGCGGAGACAGGAGACCUUCCACAUUCAUAUAGACUCAUCAGUGUGGUCAGCCAUAUUGGAAGCUCCUCUUCUUCAGGUCAUUAUAUCAGCGAUGUGUACGAUGUCCGAAAGCAAGCUUGGUUUACCUACAACGACCUAGAAGUAUCUAGGACCCAAGAGACCACUGUGCAGAGUGACCGAGACAGAAGUGGCUACAUUUUCUUUUACAUGCACAAAGAUGUAUUUGAUGAACUUGUAGAAGAAGCAAAGAAAUCCCAGCCUGCCUCCACCGAACUUAACCGGCCGAUCAGACCACCUCUGUGACAAUGACAGAGAUCUGUAUCUCUACAUUUGCACAAACUGUCGAUCCUCCUGGGUUCGUUUGGUUAUGAAAGGACAUUACCUUCUGCGGCCAUUUUAAACCACUUGACCAUUUAGGUCCUAAUGGAGAAUGUUACAAGCCCUUUACUUGCCAGCGCUGUGGCGACUAUGAGAUGUACUGAGACCACAGCACACACCUUGAAAACUGACUUCAAAGUGCUUAGUUUGCAGUCAGGAUGGCUAUAGAAAGGACCUCCAGCACUGAAUAUUUACUUAGACCUGGGCUUUUCUUAUUGGUCUUUACAGCAAUAAGACUCUCCGAAAUGCCUCAAGUACCUUCCAUCUAAAGGCAUUGCUCUGACACUACACUGUUAUGGCACCACAGCCAUAUUAAAUAGAGGCUGUUUAUGUUUGUUAAUGACUGCGCUUGUUUGUGCCACAGUCCGAUGAUAGCGCUCACGCUGUUCCAUGAAUUAUCGAUGUUGCAGUCAGAUGGAUUUUAUGAACGCUGCAGUUGAACUUUUUUUUUCUGUUUUGAAAAAUGCAUUUAUAUGAUACAGAUAUAUUCUUUUGUUAUGAAUUUCCAACUGGACUGUCGCUGCCAGACAGCCAACUUAAAGGUUUUCCCCACACUUGCUAAAUAAAAGCAAUAAGAAGGGAACAUGACAAGAGUGUGUCUGCGGUGGCCUCUACGGAAUUCUCUAUCCUUAACUGAUGAAAUGAGACAAUCUCCUCCGCAGGCUCAUUGGCUUCCUCUUGUUUUAACCGUUUGUCUCGUGUUUAAAACCUUUAAAGUAGAGUUGUAUUUUAUUUAAAGAAUCCGGGAAUUUUAUUGGGGCUUUCAUAUUCUACUUGUGUUUAGCACAAAUUUAAAAGCAGAUAUUAACAGUAAAAAGAGAAAUGAAUCCCGUCCGUAAUGGCUGCCUUAGUUAUUUUCUAUGAAUUCACUCUCCAUUGGGCAGGAAUAUUUGUAACGUAAAACACGAGUAGGUGUCUCUGAUUGGAAAUUCCUCAAGCAACCCUGUGUGUAUAUAUUUUCCCAAAGGAAUAUUCUUUGCACACUGUUGCCUCAGAUCUUAGAGCCCUUUCUCUUUGUAGACGUGUUUUCCCCAUUUAUUUGUAAAUAAUUGCUGUUAAUGUUAUGUUGCUUUUACUAUGUUUUGCUAUGACUCAUGUUCCUUUGAGAUUCCCAUGAUUAUACUUAAAUGACACACUGUUGUAGGUGUGAAUAAGCGUA